AUGGCUUACACUAAGAUCGCUUUAUUCGCUGCUAUUGCUGCUUUGGCUUCCGCUCAAACCCAAGAUCAAAUUAACGAAUUGAACGUUAUUUUGAACGAUGUCAAAUCUCACUUGCAAGAGUACAUUAGCUUAGCUUCUGAUUCUUCCUCUGGAUUUUCCUUAAGCAGUAUGCCAGCUGGUGUUUUGGAUAUCGGUAUGGCUUUAGCUUCCGCCACUGACGACUCCUACACUACUUUGUACUCUGAGGUUGACUUUGCUGGUGUUAGCAAGAUGUUGACCAUGGUUCCAUGGUACUCCUCUAGAUUGGAACCAGCUUUGAAGUCUUUGAAUGGUGAUGCUUCUUCUUCUGCUGCCCCAAGCUCUUCUGCUGCUCCAACUUCUUCUGCUGCCCCAAGCUCAUCUGCUGCCCCAACUUCUUCUGCUGCCUCAAGCUCUUCUGAAGCUAAGUCUUCUUCUGCUGCCCCAAGCUCUUCUGAAGCUAAGUCUUCUUCUGCUGCCCCAAGCUCUUCUGAAGCUAAGUCUUCUUCUGCUGCCCCAAGCUCUUCUGAAGCUAAGUCUUCUUCUGCUGCUCCAAGCUCCACUGAAGCUAAGAUAACUUCUGCUGCUCCAAGCUCCACUGGUGCCAAGACCUCUGCCAUCUCUCAAAUUACCGAUGGUCAAAUCCAAGCUACCAAGGCUGUUUCUGAGCAAACUGAAAACGGUGCUGCUAAGGCCUUUGUUGGUAUGGGUGCUGGUGUUGUCGCAGCUGCCGCUAUGUUGUUAUAA